UUGUCUGCGCUGUCUUGCUCGAAACGACGACAGGACAGGAUAAUGUGUUUUCAAACCAGUGACAAGCUAGAGGGGUGUGUUGCUCGUGCUUGUCUUUUUAAUACUCAGAUUAAAACGCACUAACGUGAAUGAAUAAAUAAGCGGGAUAUUAAGCGCACUAUUAAGACUCAUGAUGAGCACUCCGGGGACUAGCCGCCGCGGCUAGUCACCAGCUGUACCAUGGCCAAACCUGGGACCGACGGAGGCGGCACCAUGGUGGAAAAACAAACAGGGAAGAAGAGCAAAGAUAAAAUUUCUUCCUUCACCAAGACUCCUAAGUUGGACCGGUGUGAGUUGUUGGAGACGGAGAUGAAGCCGAAGUCUUCCAUGAAACGCAAGCUUACCUUCACCCUCAGCCCGCAGAGGAACGAGGAGCGGGACUCUGACACCGAUUCAGACCCAGGACACUCGAGUGAAACCUGGGGGGAAAGAUUUAGCCCUCCCUGCAGGAUUUACGCAGAUAAAGAAGGUCCAGAAAAGAAGAAAGUGAAGAAGGAAACGGGAAGCAAGAAGUCGACUCCAGUGAACAUUCUGUUUGGGUAUCCGUUGUCGGAGCGGAAACAGAUGGCACUUCUAAUGCAGAUGACUGCAAGAGACAAUAGCCCAGACUCCACCCCCAAUCACCCCUCACAAGCGGCACCAGUACAGAAGAAGAUCUCCAGCUCUACGACAUCUAGGCAGAAGGAUAAGAUUAAUAAGAGGAAUGAGAGAGGCGAGACUGCUCUACACAUGGCUGCCAUCCGGGGGGAUGUCAAACAAGUCAAGGAGCUCAUCCGUCUGGGGGCUGAUGUUAAUGUCAAAGACUUUGCAGGCUGGACUCCACUCCAUGAAGCAUGCAACUUAGGUCACUAUGAUGUUGCGAAGGUUUUGAUUGCCACUGGAGCAGAGGUCAACACACAGGGGCUGGAUGAUGACACUCCACUGCAUGACGCAUCCAGCAGUGGACAUAAAGAGAUUGUGAGAUUGCUGGUGCAGCAUGGGGGCAAUCCCUUCCAGGCCAAUAACCGUGGAGAGCGUCCCGUGGAUGUGGCCGACUCCAAGGAGAUAGAGGAGCUGCUGAAGGGCCAUGUGCAGCUGUCCAACUCAGAUGACCGUUCUUCAGAUUCUGAAGGCCACACCAGUGCUGAUGACAACAUGGAAUACUCAGACACUGAAAAGGACAGCAAACAGACACAUGCAACAAACACAUCUGCCUCUACAGCUGGAUUGGAUGAAUAUGAAUUCAAGGAUGAGGAAGAGGAGGACCUCAACAAUGCACUGAAGGGCAGACCCCGCUUGAAGCGAGAGUCAAGACAGCGAGAGAAGGAUUCAUUUGAAAAGAACCAUUUUGUGGACAACCAAGAGAGGAGUGAGUCCCCACGUACCUGCAAGUCAAAAAAGCAAAAAAUAUCACGCAUCCAGUAUCGCAGCUCUGUGAGCUCAAGCGAUGAAACUUCCCCAGAGAGGAAGAGCUCUUCCACUUGUCCACUUACCAUCGAAGUACAGAAAGCUGACGUGAGGACCAAAAAACUGAACCUCACUGUAGAACAGAAAGAGAAAGGAAAAUCCAAUGUUAACAAAAACCUAAGCAAAAAUAAAGAAAACCAAGAGCUGAAAGAGGACAGAAAGGAAAACUGCAAAGGUCUGCUCCCCUCCACGACAGUGCCUGGUCUAGAGACCCCAGAGCAGACUAGAGAAGAAGAUUCCUUCAAGAUGUCAUUCAGCCCUAAAGACGAAGACUCUGUCCAUCUCUUUCCUCUGUCAUCAAUCAAGUCUCCCAAGCAUAACCACAGUGACAAGCAGUCUGGUCCUCUCAAAAAGGAAAAUUUGAAAUUGUGCAUGUCCUCUGGAGACAGUCCUAGUCAGGUGGACAGCGUGAAACACAACAACCAUCCGGAACUGUACAACUCAUCAGAGAGCUCUGGUAGUAAAGGCUUAAAACAUAAAGAGAAGAGCAAGUACCACCACAAAGAUCUCAGCUGUGAUGAGGAAGGAGAGAACUUGGACGAUGGUGAAGAUGCCUUGCAGAAGACUGACAAAGAAGGCAAAGUCAUCAAGAAGCACAAACUGAAACAUCAGGAGAAAGACAAGACCAAGAAGGAGAAUGACAAUGAGAAGGAGAAGAACAGGAAGGACAACGACAACGAGAAGGACACAAACAGGAAAGAGAAUGAGACAGAGAAGGACAAACACAGACCAAGAGAUACCAGGAAAGAUAGCCACAGGCAUCUGGAGUUUGACAGAGCAUUCUGGAAAGAUAACUUUUUCAAGAGUGAUGAAAAUGAAGACCUUCUGCUUGAGAAAAAUGAAGUGCCUGAAAGUGGCUCUCUUCAAAAGGGAGCAGAUGUGCCACUGGUAAAAGAGGAGAGAACAACAAAAGAAAAGCACUCUCACAGCAAAGAUAAGAAGCAGAAAGAGGAGCUGGAAAAGGACAAAGAUUUUAAAAAGGAGAAAGAAGAACUGCAGUGCAGAGAGGAUAAGGGAAAGGAGUUGAAGACAGCAGAAGAGACAGAUUGUCAUAUUUCCAAUUGGGAGUCUAUAGUUUCUGGUGUGAAGGAAGAACUGGAGGACAAUCCCAUCUCCGAAAACAAACUACAAGACCAACCAGAGAAGGGAGCUCGAGAAAAAACAGAUAAGAGGUUGCCAGGAAGGGAGAGGGAGUCUGAAAAGUUGGAUAAAAAACAUUCUGACAGAGAAAAGAAACAGAAAGCUGAGUACUUUGGAGACAAAAGUGAACUCCUCAACUGUAUAGACAAAUUGAAAGAGAGAGAAAAGGUAACAUCUGGUUGCUCACAUUCACCCUUAGAGAAAAAUCUAAGAGAGAGUGAAAAAUCAAAACCCAUCUUUUUGACAAAAAAGCCAGAAGACUACAAAAAAAUCAAAGAGAAAAUGGACCGAAAGAGCGAGAAAGAGAAGCAAGAGAGAGUGCGGUGUCCAACAGAGAACAGAGAUAAAGAGAAAAACAGCAUAGAUAAGAAAGGAAAAACAUCUGAAAAAGUUGCAGUAGCAGAUCAAGGUAAACUUGACAGAGUAAAAGAAAAAGAGAAAGACAAUGAGAAAAAGAAAAAAGAUAAAAUAAAGGACAUUACUUCCUCCAACUCAAACUUGAAAACUUUCCUUACAGAGAAAAGGAUCAGUGUAUGUGAAAACAGUAAGACUCCCCUUGACAAGACAAAACAUAAGGAGGAUAUUUUAAAACCUCUGGAGAAAGAUAAAAGGACUAGGGACAAAAAUGCUGACAGACACAGAGAUGGGCAUAAGUCUCAGCAAACAAAAACCAGUAAAAUAAAAAUGAAUGAAGCAGAGGCUGAUGGGGCAAAAUCAAAAUCCUCACCUGCUCCUAAAGAUGCUCGACCAAAAGAGAAAAGGCUGGUUAAUGAUGACCUCAUGCAGACCAGCUUUGAGCGAAUGUUGAGCCAAAAAGAUCAGGAGAUUGAGCAGUGGCACAGGAAACACAAGGAGAAAAUCAAGCAGAAAGAAAGAGAGAGGAUGAAACACCAACCAGUGGCAGAGCUCAGCAAGCUGAAGAAUAAAGAUAGGGUGAAAAACUCACCCAGUGAGCUGUGCCUUACCAAAGACCACCUUCGGUCCAAAAGCUCAGAUGUUUGUGAGGCUCACAGCCAAGAGAAGGUGUCGAAGGAAGCCACUAGUACAAGAUCUGUAUCGCUGGACACAAAAAGUGCAGCAUUUGUUGGAAAGGCAGAAAGCGACAGGUCCGGCUUAAUGUGCAGAUCUGUGUCUGUGGUUUCAGUGGCUAGUUCAGAGGGCUCCUGCCAGACAGCAGUGCUAACACAAAGGCCCCUAGCUGAGUAUGACUCCAGUUUUGUACAGGAAAGUUUAGAUUCUCAGUUGUGCACCAUACAGUCUUCCUUUGCUGUCCAUGAAAAUGAAUGUGAUGGUUUUCUUGAUGAGGUUCCACAAAAAGGGACCUCACUGUCCAACAAGCAAGAGACCCCUUGCUCAACAGAGGAUGAAGAUGACAAACUUAUAUCCACAGAUGGCAGACCUGAAAGCAGUGCAGAAAGCUGCGGGACUCCGGGAUUGCUGCUCCCAAGCCUCAGUAUUUGCACUGCUGAUACUCCAAGAGACACUGGAGAUGAAGGAACCCAUUUAAGUCCUCGUGUCCAUCUAGAUGUUAGUCUUGUUUCUGAGCCAGGCAGCCAGGAUUCCGAUAAAAACGAAGGUGAACGUGUCAGCAUGUCCCAAGCAGAUACUUCACUGCAGCCAGCCACAGAAACAAAGGAGAACAGUGUCGCUGAUCUUCUGCUUGAGGGAGAUGUGCAGGGUCCUCAAGGUGAAGACUCUAGAACAAAACCCUCAGUUGAGAAGUCACCCUCAGAACAUAUAAUUAUGGAAAAUAAGGAGUCUCUACCUGUGGAUACAAAAGGAAUCUGUUCAUUCCCUCUUUCUCAGCAGCAAGAUUCUUCAAAUGGAAAAGUAUCUGACUGCUGUGGUGAGCAUCAGGAUGUGUGCACAAACCUCUCUGUGGAUUUGUUGCAGAGACCUGAGAGUGAUUCUGCACAGAAAGAAAAUCCUAGCUUAUUGGAAGAUAGUCCCUGUUGUGCAGAUAGACAAUUGGAGGACCGUACAAUAGAGAAGCAGUACAUUGAUUUGUCUAGAAGGACUAGAAUCCACUGUGAGAGCAGCACAAGUCUCUCUACUGCUUCCUUUAAUACUAGAACACAUGGAAUGGUUAACAACAUUGAAAACUCUAGCCUGAAUGAGCCUGAGGAUGCUCAAGAAAACAUGGAAACAGACAGUGUUGUUCCAAAGGACACUAAGCAAAGACUCAUGAAUGAAUCCAUGGGAGCAGGUAAUCUACAGUCUGACAAUAAUGAAUUUGCAGAUUCUACAUUGUCAGCGGUCAUGGUAUCCUGUCAAGGUGCUAAGCAUCAACCGGAAGAAAAUACUUUGUAUGAAGCUCAAGAGAGCAAGGAGAGGAGUGGCUCUUUGGAAAUUCCAGAGAAUAUGUGUCUUCCCAUAGGAACUAGCCCUCAGGUCUGUACCAUAACUGAAGUGAAGCCCGAAACAUGUGAAGAUAUGACUGCAUUUGUAGCUGCACCUGACAAGAAAUUCCAACAACUGGAGCAGGAUACGUUCGAUUCCUCACCCAAUAGCCUGCAAGGGGAUUUCCCAACAGAGCACAGCAACGUUCCCUCAGGAAGUUCUUCUCCACAGCCAGGAGAAGGGGACUCUGACUCUAGUGGUGCCAAAUCCAAAACCAGACUGUCGGAAGAGGAUGACAUACAGUUGCCCCAUCCACGGAAGAGAAAGAUGCAUCGAGUCCCACAUUCCAUCCCCUCAGGGCCCACCGUCCUGCACCCUAAAGAGAGGACCCAGCAGUCUCUGGCAGCCAUUGUGGACUCUCUGAAGCUGGAGGAGAUUGAGCCCUACCAGACUGAAAGAGCCAACCCUUACUAUGAGUUCCUGCAUAUCCGCAGAAAGAUUGAAGAGAAGCGGAAAGUCCUGUGUAAUGUUAUUCCGCAAGCACCACAGUAUUAUGAUGAAUAUGUGACCUUCAACGGAUCCUACCUCCUGGAUGGAAACCCACUUGGCAAGCUCUGUAUUCCAACUAUAACUCCACCUCCCUCAUUACUUGAACCACUAAAAGAGAUGUUUAAACAGCAGGAGGUUGUUCGCAUGAAGCUGCGCUUGCAACACAGCAUUGAACGGGAGAAGCUGAUCCUUUCCAAUGAGCAAGAGGUUUUGCGUGUCCAUUACCGUGCAGCGAGAACACUAGCCAAUCAGGCCCUUCCCUUCAGUGCCUGCACAGUCCUGCUGGACGCUGAAGUUUACAACAUGCCACAGGAUGUUCAGGGGGAUGAUUGCAAAACCUCCGUCCGGGACCGGUUCAAUGCUAGGCAGUUCAUGUCUUGGUUACAAGAUGUUGAUGACAAGUUUGAUAAGCUGAAGACCUGUCUCCUGAUGCGGCAGCAGCACGAGGCGGCGGCGCUCAACGCCGUGCAGCGCCUGGAGUGGCAGCUCAAGCUCCAGGAGCUGGACCCCGCCGCCUACAAGUCCAUCAGCAUCUUCCAGAUCCCCGAGUUCUACAUCCCGCUCGUGGACGUCAGCGACGACUUCGAACUGGCCCCCGUUUGACGCCGCGGACUACGGCCGCGACAUGGCACGGGGCGAGACUCAGAGCGCUUUAUCACAGGAAAGUGUGCAACAGGGCCACGUGAUGGCUCUUUCUAAGACCAGGAAUGCUGGCAGUCCCUGUGGAUGAAAAAUUGUGCACAUGGUAAUCACAACUCAAUGCCUGUCACCCACUGUGCAGUGCUCAGGUUGGUGGAGGUGGAGCAAACCUAACGACAUUUGUGUUCACCCUACAGGCCACAGCACAGACAGGGUGCUGCUGCUUGUAGUGGCAAUUACUGCAAGGCACUUACUGUGUAGUCAUGGGCCCAGCAGUGCUGGGAGUUGCGGUCUUUGAAACCCCAAGGAGAGAGAGAACAUAGAUCAGAAAAUAAUCCCAGAGGGGUGCCUGUCAUCUGCCAGAGAUUUCAGAGAAGAUUACUAUAUAAUUAUUGUUUUUCAGCAGUUAGUGUUUAUACAUGUAAGGACUGCGUUCUUAAUUUUUGUAAUAACUUAUUUUAUACAGAUGUGUAUUUGUAAAUAGUUCUGUUAUUGUAUCUAACUUGUAAAAACAGUAAGAGAUUAAUAUUUUGAUUGCAAAAGUGUCUGUUUUAAUGGACCAAAUUUCAGCUUUUUAUAUCUUGUCUUACAUUGUUGACCAAUUAUUAUGCAUGUCAGGGUUUUUUUUCCCCGUUUCUUCCCCCAUUUUCAGCAGUCUUCUUUUUAUUUAUUAUUUUUUACUUGUGACAUUAAUGCUGUGCAUGCAUUGCAAAUUUGUACUUUUUUCAAAAACUGUACCUUUGACUGCUGUCAGGUCUACUGUGUAAUUGCUUCUAAAACAUUUCUUUCCUGGAGCACCAACUAUGGAGACUCACCUUUUUUCCCCUUUUGAUCCUGGAGUACAUUUAAAAUAAGUUCAAUGUUGUUUCCCUACAGAAAAAUGUUCGUUUUACAGUUCAAAUUGAGAUUCUAAAAUAUAUUUAUAUUUUUACAUUAUAAUGCCUUUGAACAAUUGUUCAAUAAUAGUGUCUAUUUUGAUAUUUACUUCUUAUUUUUAUGUACAUAUUUGUAAUAUAAUUUAAUAUAAUUUAAUAAACAUUAUUUGUUGUGAAAUGGAAAA